GGCGGUGGGGGGAGAGCAGUUUUGGCGGCAAAAUAGAUAGAUAGAUAGAGAUAGAUAGAUAGAUAGAUAGAUAGAUAGAUAGAGAGAGAGAGAGAGAUGCCUUCGAAAGUGCCAGAUCAUCUUCUUCCAUCCGAAGAAGAUUUACUUUACGAGGAAGAGAUUCUUCGUAAUCCUUACACGUUGAAGUUAUGGUGGCGCUACAUCCAAGCGAGGAGAGACAGCCCGCCCAAAAAGCGGUACAUCUUGUACGAGCGCGCUCUGAAGGCUCUUCCCGGAAGCUACAAGCUAUGGCGGGCUUAUUUGAAAGACAGGAUCGAGGCCGUCCGUGGGCUGUGCAUAACUAACCAAGCCUACGAAUCUCUUAACAACACGUUCGAGAGGUCUUUGGUCACGAUGCACAAAAUGCCAAGGAUAUGGCUCGAGUACCUGCAGUUCUUGAUGAAGCAGAAGCUGAUCACACGCACGCGGCGCACGUUCGAUCGCGCGCUGUGCUCAUUGCCGGUCACGCAACACGACAGAAUCUGGGAACUCUAUCUGAAGUUCGUCGGGUCUGACGGGAUCCCGGUCGAGACGGCGCUGCGAGUUUAUCGUCGGUAUCUGAAGCUUGAACCAACCCACGUCGAGGAUUUCAUCGAUUUCUUGAAGAGUGCGGCGCGCUGGCAAGAGGCGGCGACGCGAUUGGCGGAGAUACUUAACGACGAGGAGUUCUCGUCGAUCAGGGGGAAGACGAAGCACCAGCUAUGGCUGGAGCUGUGCGAGUUGUUGACGAAGCACGCGAAGGAGGUGACUGGCAUCAAGGUGGAUGCGAUCAUAAGAGGCGGGAUCAGGAAGUUUACGAGCGAGGUAGGGAGGUUAUGGACGUCGCUGGCAGAUUUCUACAUCAGGAGAGGGCUGUUCGAGAAGGCAAGGGAUGUGUACGAGGAGGGGAUGAUGACAGUGGUCACUGUGCGGGACUUCACGCUGGUGUUCGACGCGUACGCGCAGUUUGAAGAAAGCAUGCUGACGGCGACGAUGGCGAUGGCGUCGAAGGAGGAGGAGGAGGAGGAGAGGAAGAGGAGGAGGGAGAAGCUGCUUCAGAUGCUGCGUGGAUUGACGAGGAAGGAGAAGAAGAAGAGGAAGGAGGAGGGGAGGAACAAGAAGAAAGAGGAGGAGGGGAAGGAGGAAGAGGAGGAGGAGGAGGGGGAAGGGAGGGAGAGGACGAGGAGAAAGAAGCGGCAAGAAACACAAUCAGACGAAGAAGAAGAAGAAGAAGAAGAAGAAGAAGAACGAGAAGCAGCAGAUGUAGAUCGUCGUCGGCGAGGUGGUGAUGCGGAAGAAGAGGAAGAAGAAGAGGAAGAAGAAGAUGAAGAUGAGGAAGAAGAAGAAGAAGAUGACGUUGAUGAUGAUGAUGAUGAUGAUGAUUUCGAUCUCAGGAUCGCGCGAUUAGAGCAUUUGAUGGAUAGGCGCGCCGAGCUGGUUAGCAGUGUUUUACUUCGGCAGAAUCCUCAUAACGUUCACGAAUGGCAUAAGAGGGUGAAGCUCUUUGCAGGGAACGCUCACAAGCAAGUGUUGACGUACACAGAGGCGGUGAGAACAGUGGACCCUCUCAAGGCUGUGGGCAAACCGCACACUUUGUGGGUCUCUUUCGCUAAGUUCUAUGAAGGGCACAAGGACCUGGUAAACGCGCGCGUGAUUCUGGAAAAGGCCACCCAAGUCCCAUUCAAGGGGGUGGACGAUCUCGCGGCAGUCUGGUGUCAUUGGGCGGAGAUGGAACAAAGGCAUGGGAAUUACAGAGGAGCGCUGGCGCUCAUGAAGCGCGCCACCGUCGAACCACCGGAAGCGAUGACACGUGGAGGUGUAGGGCCCGACGCACCAGUGCAGAAGAGAUUAUACAAGUCUCUCAAGCUCUGGUCCAUGUUUGUGGAUCUGGAGGAGAGUCUAGGGACACUGGAAUCGGCAAAGGCAGUUUACGAACGCAUCAUCGAACUGCGAAUUGCAACCCCACAGAUUAUCAUCAAUUAUGCGCUAAUGCUCGAGGAGCACAAGUACUUCGAAGAUGCUUUUCGGGUGUACGAGAGAGGAGUUAACAUAUUCAAGUAUCCCCACGUGAAGGAUAUCUGGAUGACUUACUUGACUAAGUUCGUGCCUGCCGAGGAUGCCAAGGCUCUGUACUUGCAGUAUGCGAAGCUGGAAGAAGACUAUGGGUUGGCACGGCAUGCGAUGAUGGUGUACGAUCGGGCCACCAAAGCGGUUUGCGACGAAGACAAAAUGUCAGUGUAUGAGAUCUACAUCGCGCGUGCGGCCGAGUUUUUCGGAGUUACGCAGACGCGUGAAACAUAUGAGGCCGCGAUUGAGUCGGGACUUCCAGAUAAGGACGUCAAGGCCAUGUGUCUGAAGUAUGCAGCGUUGGAGAGAAAGCUUGGCGAGAUCGACCGAGCCAGAGCGAUCUAUGUGCAUGCAUCACAGAUGGCAGACCCAAGGAUGGAUACCGCAUUCUGGAACGAGUGGAAUGAAUUUGAGAUCCAACAUGGGAACGAGGACACAUUCCGCGAGAUGCUUCGAAUAAAGAGAAGUGUUUCUGCAAGCUACAGUCAGAUGCAUUUUAUGCUCCCGGAAUACCUGAUGGCGAAGGACAAGGGCAAUGUCAAAGACACCGUAGAUGCGGCAGUUGAGAAAUUACGGCAGGCCAGCGCUCCUGAAGACGAUAUGGCGGCUUUGGAGAGAGCGGCUACGGGUCAACCAGAUACUGCGUAUCCUGUCGGAGGGUCUACGAGUGGGAUGGCUGGUGCUCCUCGGUUUGUGAGCAGUACGGCUGCAGCGAACGACUUCGCCUCGGCGUUCGGCUUCCGGCGGAUGGAGUUUUCAUCUGCCUCGACGAUGGAACCUGAAGAUGGCGAAAGGGGCGGCGGCGGAGGAGCAGGAGGAGUGGGAGGUAGUGGUAUGGGGAACGGAAGUGGAUCGAGGGCGGAAGAGGUGAAGAUAAAGGUUCCCUCUUCCGUCAACCCGGAGGAGAUAGAAUUGGGAGAUGACGACGAGGAGAUGGAGGAGGACGAAGAUGGUCGGGCUGGGGGCGAUAUCGAAGUUACGCAGAAGGCCGUGCCAUCUGCAGUGUUUGGUGAGUUUGCGGAGAAAGCGAAGCAUCUUCAGGAGACUGCAAGCGCUAGCAAUCAAAACGACACGAGGACAGAGGAAGAGGGAAAAUCGCUCGGUGCCCUUGAGCGAUUCAAAAGGCAAAGACGCCAGUAGAUUUUUUUAUUUUUAUUUUUUAAUUGAAUACGUCAGUGUCAUUUUUUCGA